AUGGACAUCGACAGACUCAAGCGAAAAAGGGCCGUGGCGCGAGCAUCUACAACCAAGCUGAUCAAUGAAGUAUCCACCAUGGACGACAGCGCAUCAAUCGGUGAGCUGGAAGAAAAGCUAAAUCUUCUUACUCUUAAAGAAGACUCACUGAAAGAGCUAGAUCGGGAGAUAGAAAAAGGCGUUGAAGAUGAAGCUUUCGAAGAGGAAAUUGCAUGCUCCGAAAUGUACAGAGAAAAGAUCAUCGUGGCGAAAACAAAGGUACAACGCAUGCUACGCGACUUUAGCUGCACAAAUGCUUCAUCAGAUCGCACACUAAACUCCUCAGAUCAAAGAGAAUCUAGCGCAAACGAUUCGCAAAUACGCCCCACCGUAAAGCUGCCAAAGCUCGAAAUCAACAAAUUCAACGGAGAGCUUCGAGAGUGGCAAGGGUUCUGGAGUCAGUUUGAGUCGACUAUCAACGCUAACCAGAACCUCUCAAACGUAGACAAAUUCAAGUACCUCAACAGCUACUUGACAGGAAAGGCGGCGGCUGCGGUAGCAGGACUUGACUUGUCGGAAGGCAACUACGAUGUCGCUCUCUCGCUAUUAAAGGAGAGGUUCGGCAGAAAGGAAGUUAUUAUAGAAGAUCACAUGUCACGGCUGCUUAACAUCAAGCCAGUGCGUGACUCACGGAAUCUCGGUCAACUGCGCAGCCUCGUCGACGAAGCAGAGACAGGUGUACGCAGCCUCACUUCUUUAGGCGUGAGUGUUGGCACUUAUGGAACUUUGUUACUGACCGUAAUAAAGAAAGCGGUGCCUGCCGACCUUCGUCUGGAAUACCAAAGAAAAAACGAGGCUACGAACGAGGGAAGUGAGCUGGAGGAGUUCCUGCGUUUUUUGAGAAAAGAGGUUGCGACGCGGGAGAUCAUACAGCGGGCCGAAGCUCCGAGAGACAAGAGUGUCGAAUUGGUAAAGGAAAGGCGCAACAGCAACACUAAAGCGGCGUACAUGCCUACUGCAGCGGCACUGCACACCACGAUCAAGGACAGCACAGCAUGUCUAUUUUGUAAUUCGAACGGCCAUGAGACCGGCAACUGCAACGCAAAGAUGUCUGUGGCGGAUAAGAGAGAGGUGCUGAAGCGUGACAAUCGAUGUUUCCGGUGUACAACAAAAGGGCACGAGGCAAGAGAAUGCCGUAAAGCUAAGUGGCUCAGGUGUGCGCAUUGCAAGGGCAGACAUUUAACGACAAUGUGCGACCCUGACUUUAGGAGACACCGCAACACUGAUGAAAGGGAUGCAUCUUCGUCACCGGUGAUUGAGCAAGCCACGGUGUUGAAGUCCUCAUUAGGCACGGGAGAUGACUUGAUGUGCAAUGGAGAGCAGCAGUUUCUCCUACAGACAGCGCGAGCUUGGACAGAGGGUCCACAUGAACGUACGCUUGUCAGGCUUCUCCUGGACGGUGGCAGCCAGCGAACCUUCAUUCAUCGCAAGCUAUCCAAAAAGCUGCAGUUAAAAGUGCUGGGAGAAGAGGAACUUAAAAUAUUUGCCUUUGGUGAGAAAUCAGCCACCACACGCACAAAAACGCGUCGAGUGGAGCUGUGGCUCAGCAGCCAGUACAACGGAAAAGGGGUGCGAGUGGAAGCGCUGGAGGUUCCUUGCAUCUGUGCAGAUAUCAUGGCUACUCCAUCAAAUUCGGUUCUACUUCAACUUUCAAAAUUUCACUUCCAAGUCGCAGACGCCUCGCGGGGCGGCGAAAGUGAAAAUAUUGACCUUUUGAUAGGCGCUGAUCAUUACUGGGAAAUUGUCACGGGAUCCACUAAGCGUCUCAGCUCCAAAUUGAUGGCAGUGGAGACUGUAUUCGGAUGGACAGUCCAGGGCCAGGUCGGCACAAGGAAGUCAACAGGAGUCUGCUCCUCGGCUGCUGGCGUGAUGCGGAUAGGAGUGAGUGAACAAAUUGACAAGGAAAUAUCAGCACAGCUGAAGUCUUUCUGGGAGCUCGAGCACAUCGGUAUCAAGGAACAUGAGCCAGUUCGUCACGAGGACGCAGUCCUUCAGCACUAUAAAGAAACCGUCAACUUUGAGAAUGGCCGCUAUAAGGUGUCGUUCCCUUGGAAUUCGAUGGUUUACGAGCUUGGCGACAACUACGAGUGCGCAGCAAGGCGUCUUAAAGCACAGACAAAGCGCCUCUUGGAAGGAGAUUCGUUGAUUAGGGAAUACGACGCCUGCAUAAGAGACUACAUAGAAAAGGGCUAUGCAGAGCCAGCCAGCAGGGAUUACGGCACGUCGGAAGGUCCGGUGUACUAUAUGCCACAUCAAGCAGUUGUUCGUCGCGAAAGUCAGACGACAAAACUGAGGGUAGUAUUUGAUGCAUCAUCUAGUGCCAAAAAUCGCCUCUCACUGAACAAUGUUUUGGAAAGUGGCCCAAACCUAAACCCAGAGCUCAUUGAUCUGCUGAUCAAUUUCCGUACUUACAACAUUGCCAUCGUUGCGGAUAUUGAAAAGGCCUUUCUCCAAAUAUCACUAUCAGAGGGCGAUCGGAACGCUGUGCAGUUUCUCUGGUACGCUAUGACGCCAAAGAAAGGGGAAGAGCUUCCAGCUGUGGUGACCUAUCGCAUGACUCGCGUGCCGUUCGGUGUCACGUCGAGCCCAUUUCUCUUGGCCGCAACGUUGCAACAUCAUCUUGAAGGCCUGCCGGAACGGUAUGCUGAAACUGCAGGUAUUCUGCGCAGGCAUCUUUACGUGGACGACCUUGUAACUGGGGUUGACAGCCUUGACAAGGGUAAAGUCUUGUGCCAGGAAUCCAAAGAUAUAUUGUCUCAAGCAGGGAUGCGGCUACACAAGUGGAUGUCGAACGACCGCGAUCUCGUCAACUUCUUAGAGAAUGGCAAUGGGGAGAGAACGAACGCUGAUGCUGGACAUGCUGCAGCUACAAAGGUAUUGGGAGUAGGUUGGAAUGCUCAGACUGACCACUUUGAAUACAACCUAACUUCACUCAUCGACUUCCUCUCCGCAAGAGCCGACAACAAGAGAUUUGUGCUGCAGGUCUCGGCAAGAAUUUUCGACCCUUUUGGAUUUAUUGCUCCCACAACAUUAUGCGUAAAGGUAAUGUUCCAGAAGUUGUGGGAGUUGGGAAUUGGUUGGGACGAUCCCUUGCCUGAGACAUUGCAGCCUGAGUGGGACUGCUGGUGUAGGGAGCUUCCAUGCAUUGAAGGAGUCUGUAUUCCAAGACUGAUAGCGGCAGACUUUAGAAACGAUGAUACGGAGAAAGUGGUGCAUGUUUUCUGUGACGCAAGCCCGAAGGCCUAUGGUGCUGUCGCAUAUAUCGUGACCAAGUCUCCGUUCGGACUAACAAAUGUCAGCUUGGUCAUGGCUAAAUCAAGAGUGGCCCCUUUGAAACGCCUCUCGCUGCCCCGAUUGGAGCUGAUGGGAGCCCUUGUUGGCGCGCGACUAUGCCACUACGUUACCAAGGCCUUGGAUCUGAAGAACGUUGCUACCAUCCUCUGGACUGACUCUACAGUAGCUAUGUACUGGAUCAAGGGAAACGCUGCCAGAUGGAAGCCCUUCGUGGCAAAUCGAGUCUCAGAGUUACAAGCGCUGACAGAUCCCAGGGAUUGGAGACACUGCCCAGGCUCAGACAACCCCGCUGACCUAAUCACCCGCGGCAUUCUCCCAUCGGCCCUGCGGGAAAGCGAACUGUGGUGGAAAGGACCCCGAUGGCUUCAGGAGGAUGACACGUGUUGGCCAAUGAUAAGUGAGCCGAGCUCGAAUGUUAGGGAGUGCCAAAUGGAAGAGCGAAAGGUGACGGUGAUGCCCAUAGUAUCAUCGUCAUCCAUGGCAAUUUUCAAUGUUGAGAAUUAUAGUUCAUUCAGCAGAGUCGUGCGAGUAACCGCGUGGGUCCGCCGCUUUGUCGACAACUGCCACAACAAAGAAGGAAGGACGAUCGGCCCAUUACGAGCUGAAGAAGUAAUCAGCGCCGAAAGAUACUGGUUGGCUAGGGCUCAACGAGAUGCGUUCAGCGACGACAUUUCAAACCUGAAGAAUCAAAGACCGCUGCACAAGAGCUCUCCUGUUUUGCCUUUCAACCCGUACUUCGACAAAGAGGGCCUCAUGCGAGUGGGUGGACGCUUGCAAUUCAGUGAUAACAACGAAGAGACUAAGCAUCCCAUCGUUCUCCCUGGCAAUCACCCCCUCACAUCACUGCUCAUACGGAAGGAACAUUUGAGAAUGCUGCACGCGGGCGUACGCGAUACUCUAGCACAGCUGCGAGAAUCGUAUUGGAUUAUCCGAGGACGUCAGGCCGUAAAGAAAAUUAUCAAGCAGUGCCUCGUCUGUCACAAGCAAAGUUGCCCUCCAGCUACGGAACCAGUAGCACCACUUCCAGCUGACAGAGUGACAAAGGGAAACCCGUUCGACAUCGUUGGCAUCGAUUUUGCAGGGCCCUUGAUUUGUCAACAGUCACGCGACAGCAAAAAAUGCUACAUCGCUAUUUUCACCUGUGCUGUGACACGUGCCGUCCACCUUGAGCUUGUCAGCGACCUGUCGGCUACAGCCUUCCUGUUGGCCUUUAAACGCUUUGUGGCACGCCGUGGAAUUUGCUCGACGGUGUAUUCGGACAACGCGCUCACAUUCAAGCGUGCAGCCAGGGAUCUAAAGGCAAUGUUCAUGCUGUUACAGGUCGAGGAAUUGCAGUCAUACUUCGCCGGAAACCAAAUCAGAUGGAAGUUUAUUGUUGAACGGGCAGCUUGGUGGGGUGGAUUCUGGGAGCGGAUGGUGCGAUCUGUGAAAGUAGCAUUGCGAAAGGUGUUAGGUCGGAGCAGCUUGAGUUUCGAAGAACUGACCACCGUUCUUUAUGAGGUGGAGGCCGUGAUCAACUCACGCCCUCUGACUUUCAUAUAUGAUGAUGCUCAAGAACCAGAACCGCUGUCACCGGCUCAUUUCCUUGUCGGAAGAAGGUUGACGACUCUUCCUCCACACCUGCUGCCGGACGAAAUUCCUGGCGGUGGAAUGCAUCUCUCACGACGCUGGAAGUACCGGACUGCCAUGGCCGAUGGUUUCUGGAGACGGUGGCGGAAAGAGUACUUAUUGGAGCUCAGAUCGGCACAUAUGUGCCGACCAACAACAUCGAGUGAUCUGAAGAAAGGCGCAUUGGUGCUCCUGAAGGAAGACCGUUUGAAACGCCACAUGUGGAAGACCGCCAGAAUUAAGGAAACAUUUAAGGGUAGAGACGGCAGGGUGCGGUCCUGCAAACUGGUAUUAAGUGGGGGAACUGAGGUGAAGCGACCGAUACAGCUGCUGUAUCCCUUGGAGAUUGUGGAGCAAUGA